GCUGAGGAUGGGAUCCUAGGCUCCCACCCAGGUCCUUCCCUCCUUCCCUCCCUCCCUGGCGCCCAUUAGCUAGCCCAGGCCGUGGGGGCGGUGGCUGCGGAGACUCCUCUCUGUGCCAGGCCCAGCCCCCGGAGACGCACCUGUUCUGACCUGCUGAGCAGGUUCCCAGGUUUCUGCCUUCGUUGUUGGCCACGGCGUGGGAAGCAGCUCUGGGGGAGCUCGGCGCUCCCGAUCACGGCUUCUUGGGGUAGCCACGGCUGGGUGGGUACAGCGGGGCCAGGUUCCCCUAGUGGAGGCCGAAGCAGGAUAGCAGGUACCAGUGCCCAGAGCUCCAAGGCUUCUUGCCUUCUGGGUCAGUGCCUGAUCCAGCUCUAGAGGCGGCUCCCAGGGAGAACUGGUGGAACUUCAGAACCACUGGCAGGUCUGCCUUUCAACCAAUGCCCCUGUCCCUGGGAGCCGAGAUGUGGGGGCCUGAAGCCUGGCUGCUGCUGCUGUUCCUGACAUCCUUUACAGGCCGGUCUCUCGCAGGUGAGCUGGAGACCUCCGAAUUGGUGACCGUCGUGCUAGGCCAGGAUGCAAAGCUGCCAUGCUUCUACCGUGGAGACCCGGAGGAGCGAGUCGGGCAGGUGGCCUGGGCUCGAGUGGACGCGAACGAGGGCACUCGGGAGCUGGCACUACUGAACUCUGAGUAUGGACUUCACGUGAGCGCAGCCUACAAGGGCCGCGUGGAGCAACCACCGCCCCCACGGGACCCUCUGGACGGCUCCGUGCUCCUGCGCAACGCCGUACAGGGGGACGAGGGCGAGUACCAGUGCCGAGUCAGCACCUUCCCUUCGGGCAGCUUCCAAGCGCAGCUGCGGCUCCGAGUACUAGUGCCUCCCUUGCCCUCACUGAAUCCCGGUCCACCACUAGAAGAGGGCCAGGGUCUGACGUUGGCAGCUUCCUGUACUGCUGAGGGUAGCCCUGCCCCCAAUGUGACCUGGGACACAGAGGUCAAAGGCACAACAUCCAGCCGCUCCUUCAAGCACUCCCGCUCAGCUGCAGUCACAUCAGAGUUCCACCUGGUGCCUAGUCGCAGCAUGAACGGGCAGCCACUUACCUGCGUGGUGUCCCACCCUGGCCUGCUCCAAAACCAAAGGAUCACUCAUACCCUUCAAGUGGCCUUUCUUACUGAGGCCUCUGUGAGGGGCCUUGAGGACCAAAAGCUGUGGCAAGUUGGCAGAGAAGGAGCUAUGCUCAAGUGCCUGAGUGAAGGGCAGCCGCCUCCUUCAUACAACUGGACACGGCUGGAUGGGCCUCUGCCCAGUGGGGUGCGAGUGGAAGGGGACACUCUGGGCUUUCCCCAGUUGACUACCGAGCACAGUGGCAUCUACGUUUGCCAUGUCAGCAAUGAGUUCUCCUCGAGGGCUUCUCAGGUCACUGUGGAUGUUCUUGACCCUCAGGACCCAGGGCAGCAGGUGGACCUAGUGUCGGCCUCAGUGGUGGUGGUGGGUGUGAUCGCCGCACUCCUGUUCUGCCUCCUGGUAGUGGUGGUGGUACUCAUGUCCCGAUACCAUCGGCGCAAGGCCCAGCAGAUGACCCAGAAAUAUGAAGAAGAGUUGACCUUGACCCGGGAGAACUCCAUCCGGAGACUGCAUUCCCAUCACUCAGAUCCCAGGAGCCAGCCGGAGGAGAGUGUAGGGCUGAGAGCCGAGGGCCACCCUGAUAGUCUCAAGGACAACAGUAGCUGCUCUGUGAUGAGUGAAGAGCCUGAAGGUCGCAGUUACUCCACGCUGACCACAGUGAGGGAGAUAGAAACACAGACUGAGCUGCUCUCUCCAGGUUCUGGGCGGGGAGAGGAGGAGGAAGAUCGUGAUGAAGGCAUCAAACAGGCCAUGAACCAUUUUGUUCAGGAGAAUGGGACCCUUCGAGCCAAGCCCACCGGCAAUGGCAUCUACAUCAAUGGGCGGGGGCACCUGGUCUGACCCAGGCCUGCCUCCCUCCCUCGGCCUGGCUCCUUCUGCUGACAUGGGGAUUUCAGCUCAUCUUGGGGAACCUCCUUAAAUGCCUAUAUUUCUUGAGGAAGAUGCUUCCCACUCCACUGACUGCUCAACCUUUUUCUCCAACCCUUCUGUUCAUCGGGAGUGCCCUACUCUUUGAUCACCUCCCAUCAUGUGUGCAGGUCACUAUGUGCAUGUAUUUGUGUUUGAAUGUUUGCUGUGUGUGUAUGGGAGAGGGUAACUGUCCAUAGUGUAUAUCAUACUGUCAUGUUACAGUCUGAAUGAGUGGUGGUGUGUGUGUGUGACAGGAUUUGGAUGGCUGCGUAUGGAACACUGUCAGGCUUUGGUUUGUAUGCCGCGUGGCUGUGUGUGACCUCUGCCUGCAAGUGCAGGUAUUUUUCUCAGACCCCAGAGCAGUAUUAGUGAUGCAGAAAUUGGAGAUGAGAGGUGGAGACUGUGGGCCAGAUCCAGGUGUGCGGGCAUAGCUGGAGCUGGAAUCUGGCCUCCAAAGUGGGGGAGCAAGAUUCUCACCACUUGGGAGCUGCGGGGCAUGUGGAGCUGCCACCCAGGGGUAGCUUGGACUGUUACACAAGAAGCCCUCCGCCCUCUGGUGGCUGGUGGGCCUGCUGCAUGUAUAUAGUUUCUGUAAAUAAAUCUUCACCAGGAGCGUUCAGAGUACUAUUCUGACUCCCUUAAUGAGAGACUGAAACAAAACAGAACAACUUUUGGUUUAUCUGGCUUGUACUUGGUUUGCUUAAGCAAGGCCAGCCUACAUAGGCUUUCAGCAAAGCAAGACUUCAACACUUCAACCCAUGGAUUGAUUCCUAUGGUUAUGAAAGAUGUUCCUUCUUCUAAAACAUCUUCAUCCAGGAAGCCCCUUGGGAGUGAGCCUGAUAGCUAGAAGAAUCUGGAACCAGUGAUGUGAGCCUCUUGACCUAAGGGAGGACAGGGAAGGUGCUUGGCUGAAGUGACUCCUUUCCCUAACUUCAUCUGAUUUUUAGUUGUUAUUUGUUGCAACCCGCCACUGCAUGCUCCUUAAUCUGCCACAACUGGGAGCAAUGUAAUAAUGGAGACUGGACGGUGGAACUGAGGUUUGGGGUGCCAGGGGACCUUUAUCCUUCCUCCAGCUUCAGAUCCCAAGGCUCCAUUAAAUCAAGGCUUUUGUUGGUCUUGUGCUAGGAAGUAAGGUACAAACUUCUAUAUGUGACAAUGUUUUGUACACAAGUAGUAGGUGACUUUCUUAUUUUGGAAGGAGAGUGAAACAGUAAAUAGUUUAGCAUUUGCAUAAACUUAAGUCUACCCUCAGGCUUCCACACAGUUAGCCCACACCCAGGAUAGAAGUCUGAGUUCCCUUUAAAUCUGGACGAUUGACCUUUCUAAGAAACUCAGAGUAUGUUGGGAGAAAGCAUUCCAAACUUCCAACACUUUUGGGGUCUCACAGCUUGGAUUUCCAGGCUCUCACAUGUAUUCAUACUUGUUUGUGGUCCCUUGGGGAGUUGGUGAAAAGGACUUCUGGAAUUGUGGCAUAGGGGAGAGAGGGUACUGAUCACAGAUCAAGGGACAGUAGGAGUUCAGGUGAGGGGAAGGAGGUGUAGGGGUGAGGAUGUCUCCUUUUCCCAGGAAUUUCCAAAUCAUUCAUUUGGAGUUCUUCUGGCCAUUUCUCUGGGUAGAGGCUGGGGUUAGAUGUUUAUUUUUCUUUGGCCUACCCAAAUCUAAUCAGCCAGAAUAGUGAUAUUUAGUGCCUAAAUCCUGCAUGAGCUGAAAUCUGCUGGAUUUAUGAACUGAAAGACAGGCUUUCUGAUUCUGUUCCCCAGCCAACCAAGGUCUUUGUGGAACCCAAAGAUCUAAG